GCCGAUCAAGACACCAACGACUGGCUUCACACUUCGAUGCUCAACUCUCCCGACCCAUUACAUCUCCCUCAGGCAUCUACAGAGCCGUCGCUCCGUCCUCAGCCGAUGAAGCGAGAGGAACAGUCCGGUAGCUGGCCUCAGACCAGGAUGAUGUCUCAGUCUCCGGAUCCACUGCAUCUCGCAUGCCCACCUCCAGUCGCAAAAACGAAAGCAUCGAAAUCUUUGUAUGCACCCUCAGUCCCACUCCCGGCUACGUUCAUCGAUCAAAGCUACCUUCAGACAAAGCGCAAUGAUGCUAGUUAUCGCUCUAGUCCUUCCGCCAUCUGCCAAGCGGCCCAGCCCGAUGGCGACAGCGUGCUGCGCUCGACCGAAACAUACGAUCCACUUCAGUUCGAGGAGGAAUUGAUGUCUUCGCCGCAUUCAGUGGUAACAAAGAGCUUCAAAGAGGCGGAGAUGUCUUGGCCUGGUUACUACAACUUCGGAAACAGCAGCGAGAACGAAUACGACGAACUGGCCGACGACGAGGACUCCGAUUCCGAUGGAAGUGACGGAGAUGGGCCGGACUGGGUUCCUGAUCCCGGACUUGAAGAUUCUCGCCCACCGCACCCCAAAGAUGCGUCAGUCGACUCAGUCCUCCGGAGAAAGGCGGAGUCCAGUGAAUCAAAGAAGUGCGUGGCUGAACCACGGUUGGAUUCUGAGUACCUCACUGCACACGAAUCACAGUCGCCGGCAGCGCCAGGAGCGAGCCCGCGCUCGGUAAGCACUGUAUCGACGACAUCCAAGCCCAAGGACACGAGGACCCUCUAUCGUGGAUUCUUCAAGCAGUUCAGGAAGCAAUCUCCAGUACAGAUGCCAACAGCGAAUGCCAACACUGCGCGAGCUUCAGGAACACCGGCCUCAGUAGCGUCUUCAUUGAGUGAUACAUCGCACGCCAAGCGACUACACUCUCCCAUUUCGUCCUCUCUGGAACCAGCUACCAGGAAACGUCGCAGAGUCGAGGGUAGUUAA